ACGUCCCUCGCAGACCUAGCGGCUGAGUAGUUCUGCGACUCGUACUCCAAGAUGGGGAAGUCGUUCGCUAAUUUCAUGUGCAAAAAGGACUUUCAUCCGGCGUCCAAAUCCAACAUCAAGAAGGUAUGGAUGGCAGAGCAGAAAAUAUCAUAUGAUAAAAAGAAACAAGAAGAACUAAUGCAACAGUACCUUAAAGAGCAGGAGUCAUAUGAUAACAGAUUGCUUAUGGGAGAUGAGCGUGUGAAGAACGGCCUGAAUUUCAUGUAUGAGGCCCCACCAGGAGUUAAAAAAGAAAACAAAGAGAAGGAAGAAACAGAAGGAGAGACAGAAUACAAGUUUGAAUGGCAGAAAGGUGCUCCGAGAGAAAAAUAUGCCAAAGAUGACAUGAACAUCAGAGAUCAGCCUUUUGGUAUCCAGGUUCGAAAUGUAAGGUGUAUUAAAUGUCACAAGUGGGGUCAUGUGAACACAGAUCGAGAAUGUCCCUUGUUUGGUCUUUCUGGAAUCAAUGCAAGUUCAGUUCCUACUGAUGGCUCAGGGCCGUCGAUGCACCCCUCGGAGCUAAUAGCGGAGAUGAGAAACAGUGGGUUUGCACUGAAACGAAAUGUGCUGGGGAGAAACUUGACCGCAAAUGAUCCGUCACAGGACUAUGUCGCGAGUGAUGGUGAAGAAGACCCUGAGGUUGAGUUCUUGAAGUCGCUGACGACCAAGCAGAAACAGAAGCUCCUCAGGAAAUUGGAUAGACUUGAAAAGAAAAAAAAGAAAAAGAAAAGUGAUAAGAAAAAGAAAAAGCUACAGAAGAGCAGAAGUAAACAUAGAAAACAUAAAAACAAAUCCCCUUCCUCCUCCUCUUCCUCCUCCUCUUCUUCCUCUUCCUCCUCCGCUUCCUCCUCCUCCUCCUCCUCUUCUGACACUUCAGAAAGCAGCAGUGAGAGUGAUAGCAAAGAGAAGAAAAGAGAGAAGAGGAAGAAAAAGAAGAGAACCAAAUGUUCAGGCAGUAAAGCCGGUGACUCUAAAGAGGAUAAGUCUAAGAACAAGCUUCAUGAAGAACUUUCUAGCAGUCACGGUGACAGGGGAAGAACCGUGGAAAAAUUGAGGCUCCUAAAACAAGAGAGUCCUGGGGAGAAUAGCAAGCGGAUCCAUUCUGGUUCUGACCGGAAGUCCAGAAGCCAUCGUCAUAGUCCAGAGAAGAAAGGGUCUGACAGGAACGGGGGAAUCGGAAGUCACAGCAGGGCUGAGAGCUGCAGGAGGAGCCGAAGCAGGAGUCCUCAUGAGGACAGGGACAGAAGAAAGGACACCAGAAGCCAUGGCCAUGGCGACUGUAGGAGAGCCAGUGCGCGGUGAGGAGCAGCGGGGACAGCUGUCUAGGACUGAAGGACUCCUUUUUCUUACCGAGUAUCUUCAGCAAGGGCUAACUUGCACAUUGUUAUCUAAUAAAGAAAAGUCUUCUUAAUUUUCCUUCUCUAUAAACUAUCAUUUCAAGUAUGAAAGCACUGAGUACCACAAGGUUGAGUUCGCAGAUCUUUGUAGGGAUUCUGUUUAGGGGAUAGGAGUUUUGUUUCUGUUGGUAGCUGUUUCUUAUGCCUUGUACCAAAUUUAAAAUAUGUUAAGUCAUUUGUGAUUUUGUUGUUGUUUUGAAAUAACAUUAAAACAGUGACAACCGUGAA